UCAGGUGAAUAAGAGGACAAAUGGAAUUCUGUGAAGCCAGUCGUUCUUUCAGUGGAAAAAAAAGUAUGAAGGGCAAAAAAAAUUGACACACUUAAAAGGCAGAAAAGGGAAGAAGGGAAGCCAGAAAACAAGAUGGAAAAAGAAAUCUCCAGCUUCUCCUGCUAUUGAUGUUGAUGCACUUCUGAUCAUCUGAAAAAAUCAACAGGGAAAAGGAAGGAGAAAAGGUUCCCUGGGAAGAUAAACAUUCAAGGGUGCCUCAGAUGACAAUAGACUUGGUAAAGUCCACCCAGAGGAGAAACGAAGUGAACACAUUGAACAAGGAAAGAGCUUAACAAUGCACAGUCAUUGUAGUUCACAUGAAACAUCCCUGAGGGGUGAGAGACAGUACAAAUGCCUACAGUGUGGAAAGAGCUUCAGUAAGAGCAGUAGCCUCGUUUCCCAUCAAAGAACUCACACUGGGGAAAAACCAUAUAAAUGCAUGGAAUGUGGGAAGUGCUUUAAUCAGAGCAGUAACUUCAGUCGCCAUCAGAGAACUCACACUGAUGAGAAACCAUAUAAAUGCAUGGAAUGUGGAAAGAUCUUCAGUCACAGCAGUUCCCUGAGUUCCCAUCAAAGAACUCAUACUGGGGAGAAACCAUAUAAAUGCAUGGAAUGUGGAAAGAUCUUCAGUCACAGCAGUUCCCUGAGUUCCCAUCAAAGAACUCAUACUGGGGAGAAACCAUAUAAAUGCAUGGAAUGUGGAAAGAUCUUCAGUCACAGCAGUUCCCUGAGUUCCCAUCAAAGAACUCAUACUGGGGAGAAACCAUAUAAAUGCAUGGAAUGUGGAAAGAUCUUCAGUCACAGCAGUUCCCUGAGUUCCCAUCAAAGAACUCAUACUGGGGAGAAACCAUAUAAAUGCAUGGAAUGUGGAAAGAUCUUCAGUCACAGCAGUUCCCUGAGUUCCCAUCAAAGAACUCAUACUGGGGAGAAACCAUAUAAAUGCAUGGAAUGUGGAAAGAUCUUCAGUCACAGCAGUUCCCUGAGUUCCCAUCAAAGAACUCAUACUGGGGAGAAACCAUAUAAAUGCAUGGAAUGUGGAAAGAUCUUCAGUCACAGCAGUUCCCUGAGUUCCCAUCAAAGAACUCAUACUGGGGAGAAACCAUAUAAAUGCAUGGAAUGUGGAAAGAUCUUCAGUCACAGCAGUUCCCUGAGUUCCCAUCAAAGAACUCAUACUGGGGAGAAACCAUAUAAAUGCAUGAUAUGUGGGAAGAGCUUCACUCACAGCAGUCACCUGAGUUCACAUCGAAGAACUCACACUGGGGAGAAACCAUAUAAAUGCAUGGAAUGUGGAAAGUGCUUCAGUAAGAGCAGUAACCUGCAUUCACAUCAAUUAACUCACACUGGAGAGAAACCAUAUAAAUGCAUGGAAUGUGGAAAGGGCUUCAGUAAGAGCAGCCACCUAAAUUCCCAUCAAUUAACUCACACUGGGGAGAAACCAUAUAAAUGCAUGGAAUGUGGAAAGGGCUUCAGUAAGAGCAGCCACCUAAAUUCCCAUCAAAGAGCUCACACUGGGGAGAAACCAUAUAAAUGCAUGGAAUGUGGAAAGAGCUUCAGUCACAGCAGUAACUUAAGUUCACAUGAAAGAAUUCACACUGGGGAGAAACCAUAUAAAUGUAUGGUAUGUGGAAAGAGUUUCCGUCAGAGCGGUACUCUGAGUUUCCAUCAAAGAACUCACACUGGGGAGAAACCUUAUAAAUGCAUGGAAUGUGGAAAGAGCUUCAGUCACAGCAGUAACUUAAGUUCACAUGAAAGAAUUCACACUGGGGAGAAACCAUAUAAAUGUAUGGUAUGUGGAAAGAGUUUCCGUCAGAGCGGUACUCUGAGUUUCCAUCAAAGAACUCACACUGGGGAGAAACCUUAUAAAUGCAUGGAAUGUGGAAAGAGCUUCAGUCACAGCAGUAACUUAAGUUCACAUGAAAGAAUUCACACUGGGGAGAAACCAUAUAAAUGUAUGGUAUGUGGAAAGAGUUUCCGUCAGAGCGGUACUCUGAGUUUCCAUCAAAGAACUCACACUGGGGAGAAACCUUAUAAAUGCAUGGAAUGUGGAAAGAGCUUCAGUCACAGCAGUAACUUAAGUUCACAUGAAAGAAUUCACACUGGGGAGAAACCAUAUAAAUGUAUGGUAUGUGGAAAGAGUUUCCGUCAGAGCGGUACUCUGAGUUUCCAUCAAAGAACUCACACUGGGGAGAAACCUUAUAAAUGCAUGGAAUGUGGAAAGAGCUUCAGUCACAGCAGUAACUUAAGUUCACAUGAAAGAAUUCACACUGGGGAGAAACCAUAUAAAUGUAUGGUAUGUGGAAAGAGUUUCCGUCAGAGCGGUACUCUGAGUUUCCAUCAAAGAACUCACACUGGGGAGAAACCUUAUAAAUGCAUGGAAUGUGGAAAGAGCUUCAGUCACAGCAGUAACUUAAGUUCACAUGAAAGAAUUCACACUGGGGAGAAACCAUAUAAAUGUAUGGUAUGUGGAAAGAGUUUCCGUCAGAGCGGUACUCUGAGUUUCCAUCAAAGAACUCACACUGGGGAGAAACCUUAUAAAUGCAUGGAAUGUGGAAAGAGCUUCAGUCACAGCAGUAACUUAAGUUCACAUGAAAGAAUUCACACUGGGGAGAAACCAUAUAAAUGUAUGGUAUGUGGAAAGAGUUUCCGUCAGAGCGGUACUCUGAGUUUCCAUCAAAGAACUCACACUGGGGAGAAACCUUAUAAAUGCAUGGAAUGUGGAAAGAGCUUCAGUCACAGCAGUAACUUAAGUUCACAUGAAAGAAUUCACACUGGGGAGAAACCAUAUAAAUGUAUGGUAUGUGGAAAGAGUUUCCGUCAGAGCGGUACUCUGAGUUUCCAUCAAAGAACUCACACUGGGGAGAAACCUUAUAAAUGCAUGGAAUGUGGAAAGAGCUUCAGUCACAGCAGUAACUUAAGUUCACAUGAAAGAAUUCACACUGGGGAGAAACCAUAUAAAUGUAUGGUAUGUGGAAAGAGUUUCCGUCAGAGCGGUACUCUGAGUUUCCAUCAAAGAACUCACACUGGGGAGAAACCUUAUAAAUGCAUGGAAUGUGGAAAGAGCUUCAGUCACAGCAGUAACUUAAGUUCACAUGAAAGAAUUCACACUGGGGAGAAACCAUAUAAAUGUAUGGUAUGUGGAAAGAGUUUCAGUCAGAGCAGUAUCCUUAGGUCACAUCAAAAAAUUCACAGUGGGGGGAGACCAUAUAAAUACAUUGAAUGUGGAAAGAGCUUCAAUCAGAACUGUUCCCUGACUUCACAAGAACUCAUAGUGAGCCUUAAAUUCAUUUGCCUUUUUUGUAGCAACAUCAAAUUGCUGGCUCAUAUUUAGCUUGUGAUCCACGACAAUUCCCAGAUCCUUCUUGUCCGUAGUUUUGCUGAGGCAGGUUUUCCCCAUCUUGUAACUGUGCAAUGGUUUCUUUUUCUGAUGUGCAGUUCUUUGUACUUCUUGUUGAAGUUCAUUCUAUUGCUUUAGGGCCAAGGCUCCAGCCCAUCAAGCUCAUUUUGAAUUUUUUCUGUCUUCUAGUGCAUUGGCUACUCCACCCAAUUUUGUUAUAUUUGUAAAUUUGAUUAGCAUUCCCUAUAUCUGCAAUGACAUCAUUACUGAAAAUGUUGAAGAGCACCUGGCCCAGGGCUGAGCCUUGGAAUACCUCACUUGUGACCUCAUCCUAGUGUGAGAAGGAGUCAUUAAUCAUCCUCCUCUGAGUAUGAUUUUGUAGCCAAAUAUGUAUCCACCUGACACUAUCUAGGAAGGCCACACCUAGUAAGCUUGCUAAUCAGGACCUCAUGGGGCACAUGCUCAAAAACUUUACUCUAUUUAACAUAGAAUAUGUCUAGAGUAUUCCCUCUGUCUAUCAGGGAGCUUGUUUGUUCAGUUGUUCAGUUUUCUCUGACUCUUUGUGACCC